AUGGAAACAAAGGACGAGGUUCAACUUGUAGAGGAGAGCAGCUCCGAUGCACUCAGGCCCACCCUCUCUUCAGUUACCUUGGAUCCCGCCGCGGAAGCCGCAGUCCGGAAGAAGUUGGAUUGGCGCAUCAUGCCGAUUGUGGUCUUGAUUUAUCUAUUUGCGUUUAUAGACAGGACCAAUGCGGGCAACGCGCGAGUCCUUGGCAUGGACGAGGAUCUACACCUCGACGGGUUCCGGUUCAACAUUUCCUUGACGGCCUUUUAUGUCCCUUAUAUUCUUUUCGAAGUGCCCGCCAACAUGCUGUGCAAAGCUAUCGGGCCCAAAAUCUGGAUUCCUGCUUUAACGGCCUCUUUCGGCAUCGUCGUCCUCUGCAUGUCCAUGGUGAGCACGUACGAGGCCUUUAUUGCUACACGGGUAGUUCUUGGCUUCACGGAGGCGGGUAUGUCAAAACUAGGACCGCCGGCGCAUUCGGCGGCCUCCUCGCCAGCGCCCUCACCAAAAUCCCCCUGGGGCCCCCUCCACACCUGGCGCAACAUCUUCUUCUUCGAGGGUCUCCUCUCCCUCAUCCUCGGCCUCACCGCCUACUUCCUCCUCCCCGACAGCCCCGCCACAGCCGCCUUCCUCUCCCCCAACGAGCGCGCGCUCGCCGCCGCCCGCAUCGCCGACGACCUGGGCAACGGCGGCCGCAUCGAGGGCCUCGAGGCGAAAUACGUCCGCCGCGCCGUGUGCAACCCCAACACGGCCCUCGUGGCCCUCGCCUCCCUGUGCAGCCUCACGUCCAUGAACUCCAUGGCGCUCUUCGUGCCCUCUAUCCUCCGCGCCAUGGGCCACUCGGGCGCCCGCGCCCAGCUCCUGUCCGCGCCGCCCUACGCCUGGGCCGCCGUCGUGUGCGUGUCCGCCAGCGCGCUGUCGGACCGGAUGCGCACGCGCGGCUUCUGGGUGCUGGCCGUCAUGCCGUUCUCCGUCGUCGGUUUCGGCAUCCUCGCGCUGGCGGAUCCGGAUCGCUUGGGCGGCGCCAUGGGACCGGGGCUGCGCUACUUUGCGCUGUUUUUGUGCUUGACGGGCGUGUUUACCGCGUCUCCGGUUUUGCUGGCCUGGGCUGUCGAGAAUAGCGCGGGACACACCACCCGCGCUGUCGUCGCCGCCUCUGUCGUGGGCUUUGGUAGCACUGGUGGGGUCGUGGCGGCGUGGACGUACCUGCUCCCCGACGCGCCUGGUUAUAUCAAGGGCCACGUGGUCAACUUGGCCUCGGCUUGCGUGUGCAUCGUCGCCGUGGUUGCGGCCAUGUGGCGCCUGGAUAAGGAGAAUCAGUUUCGGAAGGCGGGGGAUGGUUAA